AUGGCUUCCCAGCGCUUAGGGUCGCCCGCCCAGAUCAGGACUCAGCUCCCGGUGCCUGCAUCGGGGGGCAACGCACUCUCGCAAUUGCAACCACAACAACUACGCAUCCUCAGAGACGGCUUUCAAAUAUUGGAUAGGGAUAGCGACGGAACCGUCAAUCGAGACGACGUCGCUGACAUGUUGAACCAACUAGGUCUUUCGUCGAGUCAAUCAGAGCUGUCCCAGUUCUUUCCGCCGGGCGGGUCACAGACCAUGACCCUUGCCGUCUUCCUCAACAGCAUAGCGAACACGCUAUCAGCAAUGUCGCCCAGCAGCGAGCUAUUGUCAGCAUUCUCUGCCUUUGACGACGAUGAUAGCGGACAGGUCGACCUGGCCGAACUGCGGGACGCAUUGCUGAACACGGCGCCUGAGCCCGGUGAGAGAGCGCUGACGCCGGGCGAGGUCGAGAAGAUCAUGGCUAGCUUCAGUGGUCGCAGGGCCUUCACCAAGAGCACCAUGACAGCGGGGGCUUCGCGGAAGAAGGGAGAGGUCUUCAAGUACCAGGACUUUGUCAACUCAAUUGUGGGCGGCAACGGACCAGCGGACCCUGCUACAAAUGGUGGCUCUGAAGGGGGUGAUGAAUAG